GCUGCCGCUAUUCUCAUUCUUUAGAAAUGCUGGGUCCAAGAACGAUGCCGAUGUUAUUGCAUUGCUUGAUAUUGUAUAUCAUCCCCAUAAGCACUCUUUCAUGGGCUCAAUAUCACAGCCAAGGUGAUAGGCCUACCAUCUGCAGAAGACGUUAUACGGUCACGUGGAAUACUUGCUAUUACAAGUGCAUCACGGACACCCAUAACUACUAUCAGAAAUAUCCCGAUGGAACACAAUGCAUAUUUUCCCGCCAGCCUGUCAUUCUUGGACGUUGCCUGCAUGGACAUUGUCGAAAAGGUGCUUCACGUCCUACUCGCCCAAGCUAUUGUCCACCUCCACAGCAAGCGGGUGGGUACGUAACUGGCUGCCAAUAUCCUUGUUCUGGCCAUCCAAGAAAAAUGGGAGCGCACCCGAGUGGGACACCAUGCAUUCAGCUGAAUCGUGGUGGAAGGCUUCAAGGAAAGGCAGGAAUUUGCAAAAACGGGGAAUGUGUAGCAUAUGACUUAUUAGAUGACCCAGGUAGUAUAAAAGCAGUUGCAGAAGUAUUUGCACCAAAAUACAAACAAUGUCCAGAUAAGGAGCAUCUCGGGAAAAAUGCCCUUUUUGAUUGUCGACGGUACUGCAAGAUAAAGGAUGGAUGGUAUUUUGGAUUUUACACCAGUAAUAGCACGUGCCAGUUCCUCGAUAGAAAUCGCCUGGGCUGGUGUUGCAAUGGAAAUUGUCAUGAAAAAAUGCACUGUGCCUGACAGAAGACAACCAUUUCGUAUUUCACCAUUGCGGACACCCACGAGUACUACCAGAAGCCUACCGCGUAUUCAUGGAGGUU